AUAUCUGUGGUAAAUCAUUCGGUUAUUCAAGUGGAUUAACUGUUCACAAACGUUUCCAUACAGGAGAAAAGCCAUAUCACUGUGACAUCUGUGGUAAAUCGUUUAGUUAUAGAGGUGCAUUAACUGGUCACAAACGUCUUCAUACUGGGGAAAAGCCAUAUCACUGCAAUAUCUGUGGUAAAGCAUUUGCUCAAGCAAGCCCAUUAACAAUACACAAGAGACGCAUGCAUACAGGAGAGAAACCCUAUCCGUGCGAUAUCUGUGGUAAAUCUUUUGCUGAUGGGAGUGGAUUAAAUGUUCAUAAACGUAUUCAUACAGGGGAAAAGGUACAUCACUGUGAUAUCUGUGGUAAAUCAUUCAGUUAUCGACAUACGCUAACUGUUCACAAACGUAUUCAUUCAGGAAGCAAGCGUAAUUACUGUGCUAUUUGUGGUAAAUCAUUCAACGGUAGAAGUGAAUUAACAGUUCACAAGAAACUCAUUCAUACAAGAGAGAAAGCCUAUCACUGUGAUAUCUGUGAUAAAUCAUUCACUGAUCAAAAUCCAUUAGCCGUUCACAAGCGUAUUCAUACCGGGGAAAAUCUUUUCCACUGUGAUAUUUGUGGUAAGGCAUUCACUUAUAGAAGCCCAUUAAAUCGUCACAAACUCAUUCAUACAGGGGAAAGACCAUAUCACUGUGAUAUCUGUGGUAAAUCAUUCCGCUAUACAAGUGGAUUAACUGUUCACAAGCGUAUUCACACAGGGGAAAGACCAUAUCAGUGCAAUAUCUGUGGGAAAUCGUUUGCUUAUGCUAGAACCUUGAGUGUUCACGAUUGUAUUCAUAUAGGAAAAAAACCAUAUCAUUGCGAUACCUGUGGUAAAUCAUUCAUUGCUGGAAGUGAAUUGACUGCUCACAAAUGUGUACAUACUCGAGAGGAGCCGUAUCACUGUGAUAUUUGUGGCAAAUUGUUCUCUGAACGUUCUGGCCUUAUUAGGCACAUACGUACUCAUACUGGAGAGAAGCCAUAUGAAUGUAACAUCUGUGGUAAAACAUUCUCUGAAAAAUAUCAUUUAACUAGUCACAAAUACACUCAUACAGGUGAGAGGCUAUAUCACUGUACUAUCUGUGGUAAGUCCUUCUCUCAGACAGGCCAUUUAACUGUUCACAGUCGUACACAUACAGGUGAGAGACCUUAUCACUGUGAGUUCUGUGAUAAAUCAUUUUCUCAAACAGCUCAUCUAACAAUCCAUAGACGUAUUCAUACAGGAGAUAAACCCUAUCAGUGUAAUAUCUGUGGUAAAUCUUUCUCGCAAAAUAGUGAUUUAACUAAACAUUAUCGGAUGCAUACAGGAGAAAAACCAUAUCAGUGUAAUAUCUGUGGUAGAUCAUUUUCUCUAAAUAGUGGUUUAACUAGACACAGGUGUUUCUAUUCUGCAGAAACAACUCUAUCGCAGUGAUGUAAGUGGCAAAUCAUUCUCUGACUCGUCUACUUAGAAACACACUCUGUGAAAUGGGUGGCAAAUGAACAGACACAUCAGCAUUCUAAUCUUACAAACAACAUAACAGCUUCUAUAACACUGGCUCCAUAAUAUAAUACAUUCAAUAAACUCCAAAAUUGAUGGUGAUAAGCAGGGCAUCCAGUCAUUAAAACCAUGAUCUCCAAAAUGGAACAUAGAAGUUGGACUAUUUUUCCCUGACUCAUCUAAGACAUGGAAUGGAUCCUUUUCUCUUUUUUUUUUCUUUUGUGGGAGUAAUAAUAAAUGAUUGAGUAUUUA